AGUCGACGUUCCUGGUCAGGUCCGUACUUCCGAUCCCUUCUCUCUCUCUCUCUCUCUCUCUACAUUCUCUCGCUUCAGUCUCCAUCGAUUCUACGCAAAUCCGAAGAGCCGCGUCUUCCCUUUCUGCUGACUGUCUGUGAAUCCUUUUUUCUUCAACUCUCCCGCGGAAGAGUCGAGCAAGAAAUUUGUCGGAAAGUGAGACCCAGCUGGAGCUGCUCGGCCGUGAUAAUCGGAACUUCGGUUCUCCGAUGAUGGUCUCGAAUUGCUGCUGCUGCCGCUGCCUCCGACGAUGAUGGACCUAGUCUCCGGCAGAUUCGGCCGCUACUUUCCUUGCCUCGCUGAUCCCGCUCGGAGAUCUUCAAUCGGUCUGAAAGCGGCGUUGGUGGCGCUUCAUCUUGUAUAUGCCGGUGUUCUCUUUUUGUGCGAUGCAGACUUGAUACAGAAGACAAAGAGAGAGCCAUGGUACACUGCCUUAUAUGUGGCUCUCUUUGUUGUGACAUUAAUUCAGUAUUUUGUAACCGCCGGUUCCUCUCCCGGUUUUGUUAUUGAUGCUAUGAGAGCCAUUAAUGAAGCAGACACACUGUUUGGAACGAUAGGGGUUGCCAAACAUGCAGCUUCGAGCAAAAAUGGAAGCUUAAAUCUUACGGUAGACAGCAGUCAAUCGGCAAGAAGUGGUUCAACUUCUUGGUCCAAGGUGGUGAUGGAAUUGUACCCUCCUGGAACUCAGAUUAGAACUUUCACAUGCGGAUACUGUAGCAUAGAACAGCCUCCACGGGCAAAACAUUGUCACGACUGCGAUAAAUGCGUUCUUCAAUUUGAUCACCACUGCGUUUGGUUGGGAACAUGCAUUGGACAGCGAAACCAUUGCCGGUUUUGGUGGUACCUAUGUGAAGAGACAGCUUUGGGUCUGUGGACUGUUAUCCUCUACUGUUCAUACUUGAAGACCAGCAUAGCUCGGGCCUGGUGGAGGGAUGUCAUAAUGAUACUGCUGCUCAUUACCCUGAUUAUCGCCCUCAUCUUCCUGCUGCUCCUGUUGCUCUUCCACAGCUACCUUAUUCUGACAAAUCAGACCACCUAUGAACUCGUAAGGCGCAGACGCAUUCCUUAUCUUCGGAGUGUCCCUGAGAGAGUGUACCCAUUUAGUCAAGGAAUCUGCAGAAAUCUCUACAACUUCUGCUGUGCCCGCACCAGCAUCACUGAUCUGGAACGGCUCCCCACGGCACUGGAGAUUGAGGAAAAGUCGAGGCCGUACACAUGCUGUGAUUUUCUAACCUGCCGCUGCUGCUGAACUUGGGGGCGUUCUUGUCAUUUUACCAUUCAACGGCUCCUCUCCUCAUUCCACAAUGCCUGUCAUUUUCAUGUGAUUGCUCCUGAUUCUUUCGUUAUUUCGGCAUGCAAGAUCGAUCUGCUUGUGGAAUUCCCAUCAGGGCCAUGGAAGAUUCGAUUCAUUGUUGUUGCGGUGUCAUUUUUUCUGUUGGGCACAGUAAGAGUGAGGAUUUUAUUAUGUGUGGGCUCUUCCUCUAGGCCUUGGAUGUAUUAUUACUUAUCUCAUGCCGUUCCAACUGGUAAGUGAAGUUUCAAUAGUGUUAGUUUUGCUUGAUUCCUUGAAGAUUCUAAGACCAAGACGCUCUGUCGGAUGUAGAUCACUGGGUCGUAGCCGUUGAUUUAUUAGAUGAUACCCGUGUUACGGUAUUAUUGACAUU